AUGAGCUCUGAGGUUUUCGUGUCACGGCCGCACUAUGACAGCAGAGCUGUGGCUCUGGGUGUCCCGGUGAAGGUGCCUCCCGUAGAGCCGGAGGUCCCGCAGGCGUCCGUAGGCUCAGCCACCGCGGGGUACCGCUCCGCCAAAUACACCCCCGCCGAGUGGUUCUCCAGCUACCGCACCCUCCUCCAACAGGCCGGGGCCGACGGCCACGAAGCCCGGAGCAUCCAGCGAGAGUCCAAAACUCUGUACCAGGACGCCGAGGCCGCCACCAUGAGGAGCCAGGCCGAGGGGACGCGUCUGCUCGGCGAGAGACUACAAGACACGCACAGCUGGAGGUCGGAGCUGCAGCGGCACGUCGAGCAGCUGCUGGCCGACACCGAGUCGCUGCUGGCGCUCAAGACGCGGCUGGAGAGGGCGCUGGACGCCACCGAGACUCCGUGCGCCAUCGCCGGCGACAAUCUGAACAGCAGGGCGAGAAGACGAGGGCCAGACCUGGUUCUGGACUCUGUGGAGGAGGAGCUGUUAAAGGAAGUGGACUUGAUCAGGAGCGUCCAGGCUCUUCUGAAGAAAACUGCAGCUCAGGUUGCCACUCAGAUCAAGAUGAACAGAGAGGCCAAGCAGACAUUAGAAUCGGACUGGUCUGAUAAGUACCAGGCCUACAACCUUGAUGACCACUGUGGAAGAUACAGUAACAUGAGUCCAGAUACACAGCACCACCCCAGCUCAGCCACCAUGCAGGACCAGGUGUGUAGCCGCACAUUGUGGACAAAGUUCACACAGGACAACCUGAGCAGGGCUUUGCAGGAGGAACAGGCCACCAACAGUCUCAGAAUGCUGGUGGAGCGAGUGCUGCUCGACGUCACUGAGGAUCUGAGGGUCCAGUGCUCCAGUGUGGACCGAGCCUUCGACCAGCGCUGUGUGGAGCUGACAGAGGCCAAGACCCAGCUGGAGAUGGCGCUCGCAAAGGUCCUGGAGCAGAUUGGGGCCCAGGAGAGAAUGAUUAUGGCUCUACAGCGGGCCAUCCACAACAAAGAGGCUCCACUGAGAGUAGCUCAGUCCAGACUUUACCUUCGCUCCCUCAGACCCAACAUGGAGCUCUGCAGGGAUGAACCCCAGCUCAGUUUGGAAGGGGAGUUGAGGCAGAUUGAUGCCACUCUGGCAUCUCUGCACCGGCAGCUGAGCGAGGCCAGAGGCUCCAUGUCCCGCCUGGAGGAGUCUCGCAUGGCCCUCGAGAAGGACAUAAACUGUAAAACCCACUCCCUGUUCAUUGAGAGAGACAUGUGCCUGACUCGCCGUAAACGAUACCCAACCAUCUCCACACUGUCAGGAUACUGAAGACGGUGACGACUCUGAGUGUUCGUUGAAAAUCUUGAAUGACUUUGUUGUCUUUGUUGUGCUGUGUUGUUAGCAUCAAUGAAAUACUCUUUGAUCAAGAAUGCCGUAAAACUCAAGAGUAUAGCACAUAUUUUGAGUCUGUUCUGAUUUGAAACUGUGGUGUUGAAUCAAUGCUCAUUCUGUUCUGUUAUGCUAUCGUUUUCUUUAUUACAAAAGGUUCAAAUAUACUGCUUGUAAAUAGCUAGCAAUUGUUGUAGCAGCAUAAAAGUCCUGAAUGUUUAUUAAUUUACAAAAUACACUCAUCAAGACAAAUCUCUAAAUAAUCACAAUGUCCAACAGGAAGUUGGAGAGUUGGACCAGAGUUGUACAAGAAUAUGUAUUGGUCCUCUGUUAAUAGAGGUAAUGCAAACAGGAUCAUUUUGACCCUGAGGCUCAGUUCCUCCUGCUUGGAAGAGCUGAGCCUUGAGUCAUGCAGAAAGACUCGGAUAACCAAUACAUACAGUACACGGACAGGUUCAGAGAUGAUAGAGUAUAUUAGAGGAUCAGUUAUCACAUAGGUGCAAUCAAGAAACUAUGUCAUUUUGGCUCAUCUACCAGUAAAGCCUAAUACUUGUGAUGUUGUUGGUCAUUUGGUCCAUUUAUCCAUGACUUAGAUGAGAAAUGUCCAUCGCCUGAGCAAGAAAUCUUCACACCCACAGGCAUGAACUUUGAUCUGAAUAUUAAUGCAGUAAGUAGAUUGUUAGUGAUUUUGAUGACCCCCUGACCUUUCAGCUUCAGCACCACCAUCAGGUCAAAACGGCCCUUUGGGAACAUAUUGUGACAAGAACGCUUGAAAAUGAAAUUGACCAUGGAUAUUCAUGGACACUAGAGAAUUAAGCUAAAUGAUUUAAUUUUUCUUGUACUCUGCUUUUAUCCUUUGCUUUUGUAGCAAUGCCAGAAUGCCAUCAAAUCACAGAGUGCAUUUAUGCUGCUGUACGAAUCAACCCUUUCCGCUUUGGAUGCUCCAUGAGCUUUAAUUUAGUGCCACCAACAGGACGAAGAUUAAAUUUCAGCCCCGGUAUGAGCAAAAUCAUCAGUAUGUUGCUCUUUCUGUUUCACACGUUCAUAUUUUUGAGUAUAAUGAUGAGCAUUAUACUCAAGCAUUAUACUUACACUGUAUGAGCCAGUGUUUAGGCUCUAGGUUUUCAGGCUUGACGCACAACUGACCCAAUCAUAGUUCAUGUGUGUAUGUAUUCGUGAUUACACCCAGAAUGAGAAGCACAA